AUGGUAGCUGGUUUGUUAAGUUCCACAGAUCCUGAAACAGAGUGGCCCUUGUUUCUGCAGAAGGAACUUUGGACCAUAUCUGAAGGAGAAAAUCCUAUCAUGUCAGCUCUCAGGCUAAGUUUCAAUCAUCUUCCUGCACACUUAAAACGUUGUUUUGCUUACUGUAAGUUGUUCCCGAAGGGUCAUGUAUUCGAUGUUCAAAGGCUGGUGCAGUUUUGGAGAGCCCAAGGUUACAUUGAAUCGGCAGAUCGAGGCUUGGAAUUGAAUAUGGGUUUGCGGUAUUUCAAGACGUUAUGGUGGAGAUCAUUCUUUCAAGAGGUGGAGAUGGAUGCGCUGGGGAAUCUGCAGAUAUGCAGAAUGCAUGAUUUAAUGCACGAAUUAGCUGCCUCAGUAACAGGAACAAAGAUCUUCAAGAGGCCAAAAUCAGCCAUCCUAGAACAUACUUCUUUGGGAACUCGUCACUUGGCAGUGGUUAGGCAUUACGGCGAUGUAGUUGGAGAAGUUCAUAAUGCGUGUGACGGGACCGGAGAUGCAAGCAAGGUGCGAACAUUGAUAAGUGACGAUGUAUCUUUCGUACGAGAAGAAUUCGAACGUGUCCUCAACAGCUUCAUACGCUUGCGAGUGUUGAUAUUGUAUGUAAGACGAUUAGAUUCAGGCUCCUCUUCCAAACUGCUGGACUCCGUUAGUGGUUUGAAGCAUUUGAGAUUUCUUCGUCUCAAUUUCGAUGGAAUGGCAAAGCUCCCGGACUCGAUCACCAACCUUGUGAAUCUGCAAGUGCUGGACCUCAGUUGGUGUCGCCUUCUAAGAGAACUACCGAGGGACAUAAAAAAGAUGGUUAAUUUGAUGCAUCUGUACCUCUAUCCCUUGGGGGUGAAAUUGACCCACAUGCCAAAAGGGAUCGGGGAAUUAAAUUCCCUUCAAACUUUACCAGUUUUUGUGGUCAGCAAGAAGAAGAAGAGCAGAGGAAAUGAUAACAAGAUGGAGGAAGAAGUUGGGGGAUUGGACGAGCUGAAAGCGUUGAAUGCAUUGCGUGGAGAGUUAACCAUUAAAAACUUGGUGAAGGCUGAAUCAGUUGGUUAUGGUGUUCAUGUCUUGAAGGAGAAACCAUUUCUUCAGUCCUUGGUUUUAGACUGGGAGUACAACAAUAGUGACGAAGACAACGAUGGUGAUUAUGCUUCUACUAUUGAUGAAGAGAUACUUGAAGCUCUUUGCCCACAUUCAAAUCUGAAGAAACUGAUGAUACUCAAUUAUGGAGGUGCAAAGCUCGCCAACUGGCUGUCCACCAUCACCAAUCUUGUGGAGCUUUCACUGGAAGAUUGCAGGGAAUGCGAGUACCUCCCACCGUUGCAUCAACUCCCAUCUUUGAGGGAGCUCGUGAUCGACGCUUGCCCCAAUCUAAAAGGACUGUGGAUUGACAAUGGGAAUGACGUGAUGGUGGAAGAAGAUUGGCCGUCUUUCCCUUGCCUUCGCCGGUUGGAGGUAGUGGAUUGUCCGAACCUGACUCGGAUGCCUCUGUUUCCAACUGUAGAAACUAGGUUGGAGCUGCGUAAAACCGGGUCGCAGUCACUUCUACGUACAAUGAACAUGAAAACAACAACAAUGGCAAGCUCUCCUCCUUUGUCCAAGUUGACAUCAUUGCAGCUUGUGGAGAUGGAUGACCUCGAGACUCUCCCGGAAGAAGGGCUCAGCAACUUGACGUCUCUUCAAGUGUUGGAGAUCGUCAAAUGUUCGAGAUUAGCAUCCUUGAGUGCAGUGAGGAACCUACAUUCUUUGCAAAAACUAGAUAUUCUGGAGUGUCCUCAAUUGAAUGACAGAUGCAGAAAGGGGAAAGGGGAAGAUUGGCCCAACAUUUCCCACAUACCAGAGAUAAUGCUGGACGGAAGAGCAUUUAAAUGGGGUUUGGAAUGA